AUGUCCGCAUGGUCAGCACUUCAAAUAAGUCAACGUGACAAGUUUCGGCGAAAUCCGAGAAUUCGAAAUCUUAGCGGCAAGAAUCUCGAAUUGUAUCGAUCGAUGACGUCAUACAGUUAUGCUCAAGGCAACAUAGACACUAAUUUCUGGCCUAAAAUGUCAAAGCUUCAGAUUUCCUUGAAACUUCGCCUAUUGGGUUUACUUAUCAUGCUGAUCACUAAUAUCGUAUCAGCUUCACUUGGUAGGGCCUUACUGUGGAGUUACGGUAAGUGCAUGAUCGGAAGUCAAAGCCACGGAUUUGCUUGGAAAUUGGUCUACUGUGGUUAUUUGAUACCAGUGCUUCACCUCUCCUUCGGAGAGGCUCGCACUGGCGCUUUGGAGGGCUAG